GCUUUCGCGGAAUAGACUGCAAAGUGAAUCGACUGUGGUAGUUUGAGGGGCGUAAACCCCUCCAGUACGUUACGGCUGAAGUGGGCAGACGAGGUGUUUUUUUUUUUUUUUUUUUGCGCUCUGCACCGUGGCCUCAAACGAACCGGUCGGGGAUUUCUCUGUUUGUGCUGGAACUGUUUAGGAACCAAACGCGCUCGCUAACAAGUCCGGCGGGUAACUUGCAAAAGGUUUCGCACGACUGAGACGUCUCGGAGCCUUUUUUCGAACUGACGCGGGUUGGAAAUGAAACUGAACGCAGACAGACGCAGCAGCGGAUGUACAGUCCUGUGAUGCCCCACAAGGAACUGUGAGAUGAGAAGCCAGUCAUUUGGAAUUGGUGGUAAAUUUGAAUGAGGAGUGCCGGAGGUGUCAUCGUCAUGGCCAAACUUGUCAAGGCGCCCAUCAGAUUCUUGCCCCAGGAAUGGAACUACUCGAACAAGACCCACUACAACAAUGCAGAGGUCCAGAGGUCCCGUUCGGAACGGUUGGUUGCAGAGAGCGAGAGGCUGGUGGAUGAGAUCGAGAACACCACGAGGAAAACACAGAGAGACGUCAACAAAAAACUCGAGCAGCGGAUCGAAGAGAUCACUUACUGGAAGAAAGAGCUCAACACCAAGCUUGAUGAGCUCAUCAUCGAGAAUGACCUCUUGUUGGCACAAAAGACCCGUCUGCUGAAAGCCCUGGACAAGCUACAGGAGCCUCUCUGUAUCGCUCAGCAAUGCCUGGUAAAUCGGGAAAACCGGGUGGGGAUCGACCUGGUGCACGAUGAGGUGGAGAGGGAACUCAUGAAGGAGGUGGAGGUUAUACAGGGCGUUAUGGCUCUGCUACAGAGGACCCUCGAGCAAACGGAUGAGCAGAUCAGGUUAAACCGUUCUGCUCAAUUCUACCUGGAAAAGGACCUGAAGGAUAAGUUCACUGCCCUGACCGUGGAUGACUACGCUGCCUCGAUGACCAACAACACUCCGGACAUCAGCUACGUGGCCAACGUGGUCAGGAUUGAGGGAAACUCUGUCACCCCGCAGGAGUGGAUUGAUUUCACCAACACCAACAUCGUGAAGGCGGACAAGCAGAAGAAUAGCUCCAAGGCUCUGCGUUCCCUGAUCGACAGCAUCCUCGCCGAGACCACCAACGACGUCCUCAAGCAGAACGAGGCCGUGAAUCUCGCCUUCAAAUUCCGCAUUCAGGAGACCAAGGACGCCAAGUGCAAACUGGAAGUGCACCUCAACAGGGUGCUGAGUGAGAUUGCAGCCCAAGAGAAGAACAUUGAUCUUCUUAAAAAGACCAUCAUGGAUAAGGAGGGUCCCCUGAAGUUGGCGGAAACCCGUCUGGACACUCGGACAAAGCGGCCCAACGUGGAGCUCGUGCGAGACCCUGCUCAGUACCGUCUGAUCAGUGAAGUGCAGGAGAUCACAACCAAUGUGGACAGACUCCGCGAGACCCUCGGACAGGCUGAGAUGGAGCUGAAGGGCUUACGGCGGAACCAGCUGGCAUUGGAGGAAGAUAUUCAGGUGAAGGAAAACACCCUGUACAUCGACGAUGUGCUGAACAGCAACCUGAGGAAAUCCAUCUCCGUCAACUACUUCUAGUCCCCAGUCUACACAGCCCUGAGCAACUAGUCUUAGUCAUUUUGUCAUUGGAUCAACUCUGUGUAAGGAAAAUGAACUUGACUUUAAAACCAAUCAUGAUUAGCUGUUCCCUCAAUCACCUGUUAAGUU